AUGUGGUCAUUGCCUGCCUCCCCUCAGGGAUAUAUGGCACAAAUGCUGCAGCAAGAGUGGCGAGAGACAUUCACGGGACUGCGGUUUGGUCUGAUGGUGGGGGUUGGAGGAGGGAUCCCUAACCUGCCAGAGAGCGUGGACAUCGGGGACGUGGUGAUCAGUCAGCCUGGCAAGACAUACGGCGGAGUGGUUCAGUAUGACUUCGGAAAGAACCUUGGAGACAAGGAAUUUGAACGCAAAGAAUUUUUGAAACCACCUUCUUAUCCGCCCUUGCUACUCUGCGGGCAGAUCAUAACCUAA